AUGUCCACUUCUUCACCUUGCCCUCUCGUCGCCGACAGCAUAACUAUCAGAAGUCAAGAUACUACUUUCUCAUCCCCGCCACCAGGAUCAGGUUGUGAUUCAUCUCAAUAUCAAUCAACACCUCUUAGCGUUUCCACCCAAAGCUCUAAAAAACGUCGUUCUAGAUGUACCAAUGUUAUUCGGAAGAAACAACUCCAAAACGCCUCUAAAAAGUAUUUGCAUAAGUUUCCAUCAGUUCACCGCGCUGCUGUGUCUAAAUACCAAAAAAAUAACCCUAAUUUGAAAGUACAAGCUCAUCCAGAGCUACAUAGAGAAGCCGUAGCUCGAUACCAGCAAGCCCACCCUGAAGUGCAUCGGGCGGCACAGUCUCGAUACGAGCAAAAUAAUCCUGAAAUCAGAGUUAAAAGGCAACGACGUUCUUGGAAAAUUAAAGCGUUCUCCGGCAUGAUAUACGAAAUAGAUACCGACUAUGAAAACGACAGUACCGUGGCCUUGGGUUCUAUGUCUAACAAGUGCCGGUGGUGCAAUGCUCUCAAGUGGAAGGAGGAGACACCCGGCAUGUGUUGCAGCUCUGGUAAGGUGCAGCUCCUGCCUUAUGAACAACUACCCGAGCCUCUAUACAGUCUGAUAAUGGAUCUACAUCCAGAUCACGAGCAUUUUAUGAAUGGAAUUCGUAAAUAUAAUAAUGCCUUUCAGAUGACUUCAUUCGGUGCCAAAGAGAUUAUACGGGAUGGUUUUAUGUAUACUUUUAAAGUUCAGGGCCAAGUAUACCACCUGGUUGGGAGUUUGUUGCCAGCACCUCAAAAAGAACCACAAUUCUUACAAAUAUAUUUUGUUGGUGAAGAUGACAGAGAAGUGCAGUUGAGGUGUGGUAACCAUCCCUAUGUGAAACCUGGCUUAGUCAGAGAAUUACAAGGAAUGCUACACAAUAAUAAUGCCUAUGUAAGAGACUUCAAGACGGCCCUGGCAAAGGUACCCGCAACGUCUGAGCCUUUCAAGGUGGUCAUUAAUGCCGUGAGGAGGCCACCAAAUAGCCACGGGGGUCGAUUCAAUGCUCCUACGUCAAAUGAGGUGGCUUUAGUAAUUCUUGACGAGCAAUUUGAGAAACGGGACAUUAUCCUUGAGAGCCACGACAAAUCAUUACAUCGCAUUAGUGAGAUCCAUCGUUCGUACGACGCCUUGCAGUAUCCACUUUUGUUCUGCCGUGGCGAGGAUGGAUACUCCAUUUCGGUACCUCAGCGUGAUCCCUUGACUAAUCAAAUAUUUAGAAAAACAGUAUCCGCUGCGAGUUUUUAUGCUUACCGUAUAAUGAUUAGACAAGGAGAACAUAAUCACUUGAUGUAUUUUCGUUCUCUUUUUAGUCAAUUUUUAGCUGAUAUGUACGCCAAAAUAGAGACAGAAAGGUUAAACUACAUCAGGAACAACCAAGCGCAGCUGAGGACUGAUAGUUACAUACAUCUGCGAGAUGCCAUAGGGAGGCAGGAUGCUGAUGGUGAUCAGUUGGGACAAAGAGUGGUGCUACCGUCAUCUUUUGUUGGUGGUGGGCGUUACAUGUAUGAGCGUACUCAAGACGCCAUGGUGUACGUGCGUCAAUAUGGCCGUCCGGACCUUUUUAUCACGUUUACGUGUAAUCCCCGAUGGAAAGCAAUCACUGAUACGCUUUUCCCAGGCCAAAAAUCACAUGACCGCCAUGACAUUAUAGCCAGAGUAUUCCACCUUAAAGUAAAAAAGAUGAUGGCCCUUUUAACCAAAGGUGAUUUAUUUGGACCAGUGCGUUGCUUCAUAUACUCAAUCGAGUGGCAGAAACGAGGUCUUCCUCAUAUUCACAUCCUAUUGUGGCUAGAGCAGCGUAUCAUGCCGGACAAAAUUGACGAUGUUAUUAGAGCUGAAAUACCUGAUUCUGAGGAAGACCCUCUCCUCUACAAUGUUGUGAAGAGCAACAUGUUACACGGCCCUUGCGGUAGUUUAAACCACAAAUCGCCCUGCAUGAAAGAUGGUAGCUGCAGUAAAAAAUAUCCUCGACCACUCCUAAAAGAUACGCAAACGGGCGACGACGGAUAUCCGCAAUACAGAAGAAGGUCUCCAGCUGACGGCGGCUACACGAUAAAAAAAAUGGAAACGAGUUAG